AUGUGAUUUAAUGAUUGGUGCUGCCGACAUAUCCCACUGAAGGAUCGCGAGCUAUUUUCUAGCCUGAUCAGAUCCACAAUGUCCACCUUCGGCUCAAACAGGAUGGAUAUUAUGGACCUUUUGGGCGAAAAUUUCACGUCCAAUCUGUCAGCGCUGUUAUUGAACGCACCUUUAAACGAUGACAACAUAUUUGCUGCUAGACACGCUGCAACUGGUGAAGAUGGAGACCCCGAACAGACUUUAAAGUGGAGCUUCCCUGUGUCAUUCGAGUUUAUUGUCCAUGGAGUGCUGCUCUGUUGCGUGGGCAUGGGUGGUCUCUUUGGAAAUAUCAUCUCAAUUAUCAUCUUGAGCCGGCCACAAAUGAAGAGCUCCAUUAACACAAUUCUCAUUGGUUUGGUGGCAUUUGACUCAAUUCUCAUAAUUACCAGUCUCUUCAUGUUCAGCUUCACAGUGUUCCGGCACACAGGGAGUCCCAUAUUCCAGUUUUAUUACUGGGAGAUCUACCCAUACAUCUUGAGUGUGGUGUAUCCCGUGGGAAUGGUGGCCCAAACGGGUUCAAUCAAUCUCACCUUGAGUGUGACGAUUGAGCGAUAUUUGGUUGUGUGUUGGCCUUUGAAGGCCAGGGCAAUCUGUACAAACGGCCGAGCCAAGUUGUCAGUGUUCUUUUUCACCGUCUUUGCGGUAAUCUACAACAUUCCUCGGUUCUUUGAAGUCACUUGGGAAACCCAAUAUUUGGAGGACUUUGGCGAAAAUCGGACCGUUAUUGCGGUGACAGAUUUCCGCAAGAGUGCACUCUACAUUAAGUUGUAUAUUUCGUGGAUGUAUUUGGUGUUCAUGUACAUCAUUCCAUUCGUCUCAUUGGCCGUCCUCAAUUUGAUGAUUUUCUUGGAAAUCCGCAAGGCCAAUGUGACACGGUCGAUCUUGUCAAAUCAGGAGAAGAAAGAGCACAAUUUGGCUGUAAUGCUCUUAGUUGUGGUGUUCAUUUUCUUCAUCUGCAACAUUCUACCGCUCAUCCUCAACAUCAUUGAGCUCUUCCAUAAGCCCAACCCACAGGUCAUUCAAGUGUCGAACCUUCUGGUUACCAUUAACUCCUCAGUGAACAUCCUGAUCUAUUGCAUUUUCGGCAACAAGUUCAAGACCAUAUUCCUCCAAAUCUUUUGCGGGAAGAAGCCUCACAUUCAACAGAUGCGAACGUGCCGCGACUUCCGACGCAAUCAGUACGAAUCGGGGUCCAUGCGAAGCACCACCAUGGUAGAGCCUCCACCUUGUCACGUCAGAGCCAAGAGCAACCUGACCCCUUGUACCUCGCUGAGCCCUUUAUAUUCGUGCAAUUCUCAACCUGCCUCCAAGAUGUUGCUCACAAGCAAUGCAUCGCCUUUAGGACGGCACCAUCAUCAUCAUCAGCUCUCUGGCAGGACAAAGUCUCAUGCUAUGGAGUUAACCGACUUCGCCAAGGAUUUGCAUAAUAAUCAGAACAAUGGGAGCACCUCGUCCAGUAAUCACUCGAGCGCUCUUCGUCUCAAUUCCUCAUUCUCCUGUCAAGAUACUGACUCGCGAAGAGGCAGCUCGAGAAAGGUCAGAACCCCACGACCCAGCUCUGCCAGCUAUUCUCAUGUCAUGGUUUGAGGAUAGGGACAAAAAGAGCUUGCGGCAAACCAUUACCAGACAGACUUACGGCCAACAAGAAAACAUUCCCGGACCAGUCUUUCUCCUCAUUGAUGAAUGGCUCGAGUUGGAGGGAAGAAUCUGAAAAGCUUCAGAGACACUCCCGUUUUGAAUGAAUGUCGAGGAUUGAGCAUUCCUCACUCUUCACUGAUACAUGACACCACGUCAAAUUGGAUCCUGGGAGUUGGGCCAUCUUAUCCGGGCUUAAAGUUAUUCAGUCUUACUUAGAUACACACUCAGAUCGAGCUCACGACCACGACAAGUGAACAAUGCCCACCCGAAUGCUUCCACAUCCUACUCAAAUGUGGCCUGCCUGCAUUUCCUCUUUGUGUGAUGUCCUCGACCCCUCCGACAAAUUAAAGCAGUGUCAAUACUCCAAAGUGAUGAAUCAUUAGACGAGAAGACCUCUGUGAUCCCAACCUCUCUUACUUUUAUUUGUCCUAGUCCAUAGAGCACCUCCGAUACUGAAUGACUGUGAUGAUCUCCCCAAUUGGAAUUUGGAGCCACAACCAAUGGCUAGAAAGUGUCAGUCAUGUGUAAUGUAAGAGUCUAGCCGUUUACUCGUCGUAUGGUUCCACUCAUUCCGUGAAUAAACCCCUGCCGCUUGAUGGCAAUCCA